CUAUAACAACCUUAUGGCGGAAAUACCACGUGAAGUGCUACGUUGGCUACUAACAUUAGAUAUUAAUCUGGAACACAGAAACCUAAAAUGGUGUGUUUCCAAUGGUAUUCUAGUGGCUGAAAUUUUGCACAAUUACCAACCAAAAACGGUGGAUCUUGGGAAAUUUAUUGAUGGACAGAGUAUAAAAGUCAAGCUACAUAACUGGAACAUGAUUCAAGAGAUACUACAACGUUUGUGCAUCUAUCUUCCACCAGAUAUUAUUGAAUGUGCCGCCCAUAACAAAAGAAAUGCAGGAAUUAUUCUUUUGACCACUCUUCACGAAAUAUUUUCAAAGAAGAAAGUGAAGGAAGGCCUAGCAAACUUCGACCCCACAGAUCUAGAAUACCAAUUUUCCUUACCAAUCUAUGCUAGAUCAUGUCUAGCGAAGUUCAUUAAAGAUAACCUAACUUCUUCAGAAAUGGAGACUACACCAGAUCUAUUUACUAAUCAAAAAAAGGUUCAACUGUUAGCUCUGGCCUACAAGAAUAUGAAAAUUACUGAGAGAAUGGAAGAACCAUGGAGAUUUAAAGUAUCACGGUCAUUAGCGUCACAAUGUCAACGUUCUGAUUCGUCAAAAUCAAACAAAAAGCCACGUGCUGAAGGUGCAGGCGCUAUGAUGUGCAUUGAGCCAAUUGAUGAAACACUAUUAAACGAUGACGUAAUAACAAUCCAGCCAAAGCAACAAACUUUAUGAGUAAAUCUGACGUGACAAACCCGUAAAUCAUAUUGUUAUGGUUAUUUGUCAUAAACCUCACUGACUUUUAUUUCUAUUAACGUCAUAAAUAUUCCUUAGAUUUUAGUGUAUUAUUCCCCAUGCCAUCGAGAACAAAAUUUAGGCAUGUGUCGGCUAAAACUUCGAAACUUGUGAUAGCACAAGAUUGGAGAAAUGAAAUAUGCCAAGUGCUCGCUUAUGAUAAUUCAAGUUUGUAAGACUGUAAUGUCUUUGCUUCGUUGAUCAAACACCUCGAUAACCGUUAUAAUAUAAACCUGAAUGGUGUUUGAAAUCAGAAGGCAAAGAGAAGCAAUAACUGCAGUUUAUUUGCGGACAGGGCAGAUCAAAAAAAUAUAAGCACAUCGAGUGAGUUUGAAGCGGAGGCGAAUAAGUAUAUGCGAGAAAUUACAUAGGCUAAUUUGCAGUCUAAUUGCAUACGGGUGCAGCAAAAGCUAAUAUGAUUCGAGUACAUACAUACAUGGGCAAAAGGAUGAACCAUCGAGUGAUAUAUAAGCAAUCAACAUUUUAGUAAGUGACGUGUGAUCAUAACGGUGCAAAGAAAUACGUGAAUUGUUACUGUUCAAAUUACAUCGUCUGUUAAGUUAAUAAGAGGGCUGCAAGAUAGUUGUUAUCAAACCUCCGAACCGUGAUACGGGCUGCUUACGUGUGGUCCUUAUAAGGUCAUACGUUAGACUUAGGUUUAUUUAUACACCUGGUAUUCGCAGCACUCAGUAUAUAGUAGUCUCCAUAGUAUCUAAAUGCCUUAGUCAAAAAACCCAGUCCUUUGGACACGCAAAAUAAGCUACCACAAGUAUAUAAACGUCAAGUACUUGAACAUAGGAAUGAUAUGUUAUCAUCUUUUUAAAACUCAGAAUCCUUAACUUCGUCGCGAUAUCUAGUACUCACUAACACAUUUUCUCCAAAAAUUCGCCCAGGAAACCACUGAAUUUAUGGUAACAUAAACAGCAUAGUAUACAGUGACGCUUCCGAAAUGAAUACAUCAGACAAAACCAAGACUUAGAACGGAGCUUUCGAAUUCAUCCAUUCAGCACCUUAAAAAACGAAGAUGACAGACGAAUCGGUAGCACACAGUAACAAAAUAAUCAACCAAUAACAUCCCAAACAAUUCAAGGACAACAUAACUGAAGUAUUAAGGUACCUAUAACCGACUCUAGAGAACUGGAACAUAGAAAACCAAAAAGACACCUCGAAAUAUUGCCACAUGUAGCCUACGUAUGUGGACAAUUUAUUUUAAUCAUGUGCGACCGGCCAAAGUCCUGGGCAGAAAAUCCAAGAACUUUCACAUCAUGCUUAACGUGCCCUGAAAUAUAAUCGUAUGUGAACAUAGUGGCGGCUUAAUGAUUUAAGUAUAAUCUGGCCAACAAGUUUUGGGCAAUCAUUCAGUGUAAUUACUCUGUUUGAAAACGGUGACUCAGUCGACUACGUAGGAAUACAUUUAUCUAAAUAAGUCGACGUGUCGACUUGCAAAUGUGCUCGCUGGACUAACAGAACGAUGAUACCAGCUAUGAUAUACAAGUCUUCAAGCAGUAUUUAACAGCUGAACGUUCAGAACAUCAGUAGUCCGGAAGCAGUUUCUUAGUGCCGACUUCUAUAUCCAAAUAGAAAUCUAAGAUUAAAAAAGGGACAGUCCGUUUACAAGGUUAAAACUGGAACAUAGUCAUUGCUAUCAUACAUGUUAAAAUGACAAGUACUGCACGUAGGGCAAGAAUCUAAUCGAUUGAUGAAAAUUCAACGUAUGAGACUUGAGAUUUAGGUUAUAGAAAACGAAUCCGAAACCGCCAGAGAUCGAAUCGACGUCAGAACGUACCACACCACAUACUUAGUUUUGGACUCCGCAGAUGAUUUGAACCACCUACCCCAUACACAGCAAGCAAUGGGGGUAGUAUAGUAGGAGUGGACCUCAACACUCAGAAAGGAAAAAUUAGGACCCUAAAUUACAUCACAGAGAACCAGACAAAUCACUUGAUUAAGGAGCCUCGGAAUGGGUGGAAGCUUCUACUUUGGCAGUAUCACCGAUAAACAAGGAGGCCAGACCGGAAUAUAAAGACAUGGAUUGGGAAAGUGAAAGCACUAUCUGUACAUUUCAAAAACAGACGAGGAUUAUAACAACUGUUAGCCAACACAUCAGAAUUUCUUAUAGAAACGUCGAAGUAGUCUCGCUAUAUGAAGCUGGGAACCAAUACAACCAUCAUCAAAACGGUGAAUGUAUUUAUAAACACUUGUCUACGCAAGAUACUACGGAUCUAUUGGCCAGACACCAGCAACAAUAACCUGCUGUAUCAGAGAACGAAACAGAUUCCAGCCGAGGAACUUAGGUGGAGGUGCGUAGGUUACACUUAACAAAAACCACAUAACCGAAUUACUAGGCAAGCCUCAACUCCAAAUCCUGAAGGCAAAGUUGAAACAGACCGAAGGCAAUGCAUAAGUAAUCGGAGAUAACUUUCAAAAAGAGGAAUAUUACUCGACAGAAACUGGGAUGUAGAUGCAUGAGCAGAGUAGACUGCAGACAACUGGCCGGCGACCUCUGCAAGGGGUUACAAGAAUUAAAAAAUUCUCAGUCAUGAAAUAGAUUAAAUGCGUCUUACAAAGACGAUCAACAUUUACAAGCAAAGCUUUUGACUAAUAACAUGGCCCAAGACCAGCAGUGAAUGAACGAAACUAAGUAGUACUUAUUACUUAAGAAUGUUAAAGCCACUGAAAAGACCACAUAGUUUGCAAACCAGUUUAUUUGGAUAAAAAUUUACUUCACAGCAGGUAAAAAUGAACGCAUGUUCUUCGCAUGUGCAACGUUCUGAAAGAAAGACCGUUAAUACAACGAAAGUACAUACCAUGCUUUGCAACAUUUCCUGUGCUACGGGGUCGAUUUCAAUGGCCAUAGUAUCAAAUAUUGAGACCUCUGGCUGGUAGUUGUCCCUUCGUUCUCUUUCUUCUUCCUGAAGCUUAAUACUAAUACCACGUACAGGUCCCGCUUCGAAACGCUUCAUUAAAUGUGUCACAUAACCUGCGAUCAUGUUACGCAAUCUUUUAGAACCAAUGCAUGCGAUGUCUUGACAAACAAAUUUGUUUGUGUGAAAGUCUCUUGUCAGCUUGGAGUAAAACCUCUCGAUUAUAAACCUCGCGGCUUUCUUCACUGUUUUUGUUCGAACUCGACCCUAAAGCCAUACUAUUAGCCAAAGACUGGAAACGUACCAUGACCACUUGGUUUUUUAAAUUGCGCGGUGCCUAACACUAACCAGCUAAAC